AUGAAUAUAGAAGAAGGGGUCAGAGAUGCCAUGAAGAAAAGAAAUUACAAAAAAGCAGAAACCCUCUUUUCUAAGAACCUGAAUGAUUCAUUCUCAAUUGAAUUGUAUACAGAGUAUUUGAUAUUUAUUAAUACAACAAAUAAGGAUCAGUUGAAGGACGCGCUGGCAUUUGCCUACAAUCAUACAUUAUAUAAUAUAGACAGUCUAGAUAUUAAGAUCCAGUAUUUAGAAUCGUUAAUGGAGGAAGGCGACUAUGAUAAAGUGAAAGAAACAUAUACGAAUAUAUUGGACAUUCCGAUUAAGAAGAUAGAUACAAUAGUAGAACUAUACAAGAACUUUGAAAACACCAAAAGUAAAUUGAAAAGAAAGGAUACAGAUCUUGUAUCAAAGGAGAUGGCAGCUAUAGAAGAAUCAAAGACUUUACACAAGCUCAAUCAGAUUCAGGCCCUAGAAUACUUUUUACUGCAGUACAAAAAUAACUAUCCUAUUUAUACUAUAGAAUAUAUAUUAUAUAAUGUAGACUAUGUACUGAAUAAUAGUAAAAUAAAGAAUAGAAGUAGAAAUAAGGUGUUGUUUUAUAAGAUACUGGUCUUGUCAAAAAAGAUUGAUAAGAAAAAUAUUAUAGAUAAGAGUAGUAAGAAAAUAGUUUCAGCACGGGGAGUGUCAGAGAAAAAUCAGAGAAUAGGAGAAAUGCUUUGGAAUGAAAUACGAGAAACUAGAGACAUACUUCCUCUUUUACCGCUGUUAAUAACGUACUCCUUUGACAUUGAUGCGAUAUUAGAAAUUGCACCACCAGGCAUAACAAAAAAAAGUGAAUCAUUUUACUUGAUUUUGUUCGGCGCUAUUUUGCGGCAUCGAGGGCUGGAGGGUAUGCGAAAAUAUUUGAUUAAAUUUACAAAGGAAAGAAAAAUUGGAUGGAUAUCGUAUAAUUUCUGUGCGCGGGUAGAGGCACUCAUCGGGGGAGGAAAUAAGUAUGCAGGGGGAAUUCUUCUUACAGCAUUAAAAAUGUUUAUAAAGAGAGAAGAGAGUAAGUAUUAUAUGUCUGCAGAUGAAAAUGCAUAUAAGCUGACGGUUCAUGGGACGCAGCUGCUUCUUUCUCUGGGUGAUGUGCAGAGAGCUCAUAUACUAACGGAGCUGUAUAACAAAGAAAAAGAAAAGAGCGAAGGGAAACCAAGCCAUUUUGAGUUUAAAGAGCGUAAUGAAGAGAAAGAUCCAAAGCUAAUAAUGGUCAAGCACCAGAUGCUGUAUGAGUCAGGGUUCUCUGCACUAUUAACAAUUUCAAAUAUGUAUAGUUAUAGCGAGUUAUUUGAGUUCUUGUGCCGAGUCUAUCGAAUAGAGGACGAGGAAGACAUACCAAUACCACCUGUGCUGAAAAAGCUACUAGGCGACCUUCCCAAAAUAAGAGAAACUCAGAAUAUCUUUAGUGGUGUAGAUAUUAACAGCAUAAUCAGUAUGCUGAUAGAAAUAGAGAUAUGAUGAUUUGGCUUCUAUUUUCACCUCUAAAAGAAUAAAAUCCUCUGCAUCUUUAAAGCAAGCAUGCUUAUAGCACUAUGAUGGUAGAAUUUAAAGAGUUUGUUACUAUUUGUAAAAACAAAUAGAAAGCAAUUAUGGUUAGAAAAUUUAUAUAAAAGGACUAUAGUGCGCACCUGUUGCAAGUUAAAAGCACUGAAAAUAUCCAAAAUUAAAAAUACUUGUAUGCAGAUUGAUGUGUUUUUAUUGCACUGUGUAUUAUUAUAUAUACCUCAAAGUAAUAUAUAUAGCAGUGAGGAUAAGAUAGGGCAUAAACUUUCAGGAAAGGUAGAAUAGUAAAUAAAAAUAAGGCAGAAGAAUAGAACCCGUUUAAAAUAUAGUAAACAUAGCAGAAGAGACCGCGCGCAGUAUUAUACUUAUUUCUUUGGGAAACAUUUAUAGAUUGGAAGAAUAA